ACCUUUCCAUUUGUAAUUUAGAUGUUUUACGUUAAUUCAAUUCAAUGGGCUUUACGUUAAUGCUAACUAGCUAUCUGAAAGUACCGAGGCCUCACAUCCCUAGCCAGCUAAUGAUAUAGUUUAAUAUGACAGAUAUUUUCCCUCCUCCACUGGUGUUAAGAUAAUGAGGUCAACUUGGCUCUGUUGUUAGUUUAAGCUUGUUGUAUUUAUAAUAGCUAGUCUAUUGACCAAACUGUUUUUUCUCUAUUAUAAAAGGCAUUAAACUGCCUUCCUAACGUAGCUAACAUUAGCCGGUGAAAGUGAUGCUGAUUGCUGCUGUCGUGACAUCCAGCUGUUGUUUGUCAUUGAAUGCUGUAAUAUUUGUGCUUUGGUUCUAAUGUCUCAUUGACCUGUAUAAAACAUAUUUAGAAUCCAAGAUUAAAAAUAACUAUAAUUAUUAGCAACGUGUCGUCGUAGCCUCUAGGCCAGGGGUGUCACGUCAAACACGCGUAGGGGUCCAAUCCAGUCCGCAGGUGGUUUGAGGAAAAAAAAAAAAAACAUUUGAAGAACAUCUACAAUGACUGACUCAAAAUAUUUUACAACAAAUAAAAAAGGGGAGAUCUUUGAGCUGAAGGCAGAGCUGAACAAUGAGAAGAAAGAGAAGAGGAAGGAGGCAGUGAAGAAGGUCAUUGCGGCUAUGACUGUGGGCAAGGAUGUCAGCUCCCUCUUUCCAGAUGUGGUGAACUGCAUGCAGACUGACAACCUGGAGCUGAAAAAGCUGGUCUACCUGUACCUGAUGAACUACGCCAAAAGCCAGCCCGACAUGGCCAUCAUGGCUGUCAACAGCUUUGUCAAGGACUGUGAGGACCCUAACCCCCUGAUCCGUGCCCUGGCCGUGCGCACCAUGGGCUGCAUCCGCGUGGACAAGAUUACAGAGUACCUGUGUGAGCCGCUGAGGAAGUGUCUGAAGGACGAGGACCCAUACGUGAGAAAGACAGCAGCAGUGUGCGUGGCAAAGCUCCACGACAUCAACGCCCAGAUGGUGGAGGACCAGGGUUUCCUGGACUCCCUCAGGGAUCUCAUUGCCGACUCCAACCCCAUGGUGGUGGCCAACGCGGUGGCAGCUCUGUCUGAGAUUAGUGAGUCCCACCCCAACAGCAACCUGCUGGACCUCAACCCACAGAACAUCAACAAGCUGCUGACAGCCCUCAACGAGUGCACAGAGUGGGGCCAGAUCUUCAUCCUGGACUGCCUCUCCAACUACAACCCCAAAGACGAGCGCGAGGCCCAGAGCAUCUGCGAGCGAGUCACGCCCCGUCUCUCCCACGCCAACUCGGCGGUGGUGCUGUCGGCUGUCAAGGUGCUGAUGAAGUUCCUGGAACUGCUGCCCAAGGAGUUGGACUACUACAACACUCUGCUGAAGAAGCUGUCCCCCCCGCUGGUCACCCUUCUCUCUGGGGAGCCAGAGGUCCAGUAUGUGGCCCUCAGGAAUAUCAACCUCAUCGUCCAGAAAAGGCCUGAGAUCCUUAAGCAGGAGAUCAAGGUGUUCUUUGUCAAGUACAACGACCCCAUCUACGUCAAACUGGAGAAACUGGACAUCAUGAUUCGCCUGGCCUCCCAGGCCAACAUAGCUCAGGUGUUGGCUGAGCUGAAGGAGUAUGCCACCGAGGUAGACGUUGACUUUGUGCGUAAGGCAGUGAGGGCCAUCGGGCGCUGUGCCAUCAAAGUGGAGCAAUCUGCUGAGCGCUGUGUUAGCACCCUGCUAGACCUCAUCCAGACCAAGGUCAACUAUGUGGUGCAGGAGGCCAUCGUGGUCAUCAGGGACAUCUUCCGCAAAUACCCCAACAAGUAUGAAAGCAUCAUCGCCACGCUGUGUGAGAACCUGGAUUCUCUGGACGAGCCGGAUGCGCGUGCCGCCAUGAUCUGGAUCGUGGGCGAGUACGCUGAGAGGAUCGACAACGCCGACGAGCUGCUGGAGAGCUUCCUGGAGGGCUUCCAUGACGAGAGCACGCAGGUCCAGCUCACUCUUCUCACAGCCAUCGUCAAACUUUUCCUCAAGAAGCCCUCUGAGACUCAGGAGCUGGUGCAGCAGGUCCUCAGUCUGGCCACACAGGACUCCGACAACCCUGAUCUGCGUGACAGGGGUUACAUCUACUGGCGCCUGCUGUCCACCGAUCCGGUAACGGCCAAGGAGGUGGUCUUGUCCGAAAAGCCCCUGAUCUCGGAGGAGACAGACCUGAUUGAGCCCACCCUGCUGGACGAGCUCAUUUGCCACAUUGGCUCCCUGGCCUCCGUCUACCACAAGCCCCCCAACGCCUUCGUGGAGGGCAGCCACGGCAUCCAUCGCAAGCACCUGCCCAUCCAGCACGGCAGCAUUGACACAGGCGAGAGCCCUGUGAGCGCAGGGCCAGCGGUCCCUAUUGAACAGGCCCAGUCAGUCAUCCCUUCCCAGGGAGACCUGCUGGGAGACCUGCUCAACCUGGACCUGGGUCCCCCCGUCAAUGUGCCCCAGGUCUCCUCCAUGCAGAUGGGCGCUGUCGACUUGCUGGGCGGAGGCCUCGACAGCCUGCUCGGGGGAGACCUGGGAGGAGGUGUUGGGGGAAGUCCAGCAGUGGGACAGAACUUUAUUCCCUCGUCAGUUCCCAACACGUUCGCCCCAUCGCCGACUCCUGCAGCGCUCAGCAGCGGCCUCAACGACCUGUUUGAACUCUCCACAGGCAUGGCCAUCACCACAGGAGGCUAUGUUACCCCCAAAUCUAUCACCAUAGUCCCUGUGCCCAAGAAUGCAAAGGUAUGGUUGCCUGCAGUGAAAGCUAAAGGACUGGAGAUCUCAGGGACAUUCUCCCGCCGACAGGGCCAAAUGUACAUGGACAUGACCUUCACCAACAAGGCCUUGCAGCACAUGACCGACUUUGCUAUCCAGUUCAACAAGAACAGUUUCGGAGUGAUCCCCACCACCCCUCUGCCCAUCCACACUCCACUGAUGCCCAGCCAGAGUAUUGAAGUUUCCCUGCCUCUCAACACCAUUGGGCCAGUCAUGAAGAUGGACCCACUGAACAACCUACAGGUGGCUGUCAAGAACAACAUUGACGUUUUCUACUUCAGCGGGCUUAUCCCACUCAACAUCUUCUUCGUGGAGGAUGGCAAAAUGGAGCGACAGGUGUUCUUGGCCACCUGGAAAGACAUCCCCAAUGAGAACGAGCUGCAGUACCAGAUUAAGGAGUGCCACUUAAAUGCAGACACGGUGUCGGGGAAGCUGCAGAACGACAACAUCUACACCAUCGCCAAGAGGAACGUGGAGGGCCAGGAUAUGCUCUACCAGUCCUUCAAGCUCACCAACGGCAUCUGGAUCCUGGCUGAGCUCCGCAUCCAACCCGGCAACCCCAACUACACACUGUCCUUGAAGUGCCGGGCUCCUGAGGUGACCCAGUAUGUCUACCAGGUGUACGACUCAGUCCUGAAGAACUGAACUCUCUCUCCGUCCACUCACUCACUCACCACCCUCCACUCCACACCUCUCUUCAAGAACAAACAGCAGCUGUUAGUGUUCUAGUCAUGCAUUAUUCCUCUCCACCACCCUUACCUCCAUGGGAGAAUGUGACAUCCCCAGUCCAUCCUUAACUAAAUGUCUUAAUGUCGUAAAAUGUGGUUGAUGGUGAAGCUCUCCAAAAAAGAAGAAACCUUUCAUAUUCACUAAGCCAUCGCCCCACCUCUUUGUACUGUAUUUCCAAUAUUGAAAAGUGUAAUAUCAUAUAUGUUUUUGUGUCUAUUCUUUUUAAUGCUUUAUAUUCUUCCGUGGUACUUUUCCUACUUGCCCAACCAUACUCGAUUGAGUGCCAUCUACCAGGCCUUGCUGGAGCCGAAGUUGCAAGUUGAACCAGUUGCUAAGUCUCUAUGAUGCAUCAAGUACCAUUCUGAGCCAAUAUGGAGUGGUGAGAGCAGAACCAGGGAACAUGAAAUAGAUUUUAAUGCAUUAGUGGAUUUCAUUCUUUUCUCGUUUUAGUAACCACUAUGAUAAACCGCUAUUUAUGGUAGCUAUUAUUAUGUUUGCUCCCGUCUGCCAUUCCUUUUUUACUGGUGCUUGCAGGCAGCUGAUCAUUUCAUGCUUCUCAUCCCUUUUCUGAUUGCUCGACCUGCCACAACAAUCAAACACCGCUAUAGCCAUUCCUAGAUUGUCAUUCCUAGAGUUCCAAUAAUCCACGUCCCUUUGCUGGUUUUGUGCUGCAGUAUUAAUGAAUAUGCCAAUAGUGAGUGUGGAAUGAGUUGUCCAUUCUGUAUUGCUGUUCUCAUGUUACAUUGAUUCCAAUGAGAUAGUAUGUAUUAUUAUUUAAUUGUAAGAUUGUUAUUGAUAUUCCAUGUGCAGCUGUUCAUCUAAACAGAACUAACCCCAAACCCAAAGCCAGGGUCAAUAUGAGUUGAUAUUUUGCUUUGUUAGGGAACAACCCCAUACUGUCAUCAAUGACAUGCCUAGUGUUUGUGUUAUUAUACUGUUAAAACCACCUCUCUGGCAUUGCUUUAUCCUGAACAUGGAGGAUAUGUAGUGCUUGCAGCCCACCUAAAGGACCAGGGUCACCCCUAUAUGAUUAUACUGUGCAGUGACCUGGUAUAGUUUGUAGACAUGAAGUUCUGUACAACUAAUGAAAGAUUAUUAUAUUACUACCAGAAUAAGUGUGCUUGAAAUCCAUAACAGAAACACAGUGGCACUAUAUUCCAGUUAUGUACCAAGUCCUCAUAUGUGGAAAGUGAUCUAAAUAAGUUUUAUUUAUAAAUGUAUACAAACUGAUGUGAUUUUAAUAUGCCAUAUCUCUAUGACCAUUGUUGUUAUACCUCUGCUAGUUGAGCUCAAACAUUUUAAUCAUUUUAUUUAAGCCAAUGUAAAAAGCAGUCUCAAGGGUACCAAUUGAGUUUGUGACUUUAGCUUCUUAAUUGUAAUGUUACCAUACAUGCUGAUGUGCCUGUGAACCUGCAAUAGAAGCAGUGCCCAAUGCUCCCAAGAAAUCUUAGCAGUCUGUUUCCCUCACUCAAAACGACACUUAGCUACAUAGGAAGGUCUGUUCUUUGGCCACAGUUUGAUUGUAUGUGUCCCCAGCAAGAUGUUGGGUAACACUUUUUUUAGAUCGUCUGUAGAGCAUCUAGAUGGACUAUGAGUAACAUUUUAACUAUCUACCAACCCUAGCUCUGACCCUAAACUUAACCCUUACCCUAACACUUAUUCUAAACCGAACCGUAACCUGGUAGUAUGACCAGAUGUUAUUAUAAAGGCGUAUUUGGUUCUGGGUUUCCCACCCAGAACUAUGUGUGAGAAAAAUGUACUUACUCAUAAGCCCAGCAACCAGGAAUAGGCCUACAGAACAGCUGUAGUAAGAAAUAAUGUGACAACUGAAAUGACAAUUUUUUUUUUGCCUUCUCAAGCUAGCCUGUUGAUCCUGCAUCACUCCUCAUCCCCAACUUGUCAUUGUAUCUGCUCUUAUUUCAAUAAAAUGUCUGUUAUAAACUUA